AUGAUGGCUUGUUUGGCUCCUUUAGAGUUGUGGUUCCUUGUCAUACUCAUUGGUGCAAGUAAUUGUUAUCCUACAAAGACAGACCACUGGGGAGGUCAACUUCAUCAUCCUGAUGGAACCUCAUCUUCCAACUUGCUAGAGUUUACUGCGAACCGCAAGCCUCUUGGUCUCAGCCAUGAGAAGCUACCAGGGUCUUCAUCUGCUCAUCCAGGCGUUAUGUCCUACAUGGAGAAACUUUAUGACCAUGGCAUCUACGACACUGAAACAAAAGAAGAAGCCCCCUCGAAAUACUUCCCCAUUCAACCAGUGAACCGUCCAAUGGUGGCAGUACAGCAGCUUAUCCAGCAUGAUGGUGGGUUUCAAUGCUUUAGGCAGCAUGUGGCUUUGUGUUCUGUUGAUUGGUUCAAGUUACAGCUUUCCUACUAUGAAAGAUCCCCACAUUGGUUACAGUGACUACACUGCUGGUUCGGACACCGAAGAACCUACCACAGAAUUUCAAGAGACUGCAAGCUCCCCAUCUGCCUCGAAUCAAAAUCUCCUUAAUGUUCUCCACAAACGAGCUGCAUACACCCAACCAACUUCACAAAUUGGACCUACACCUGCUCUUUACAGCUUUGAUGCCGUUUCUGCACCUAUCUAUGUGAGUUAUGAUGGCAUCCACCCCGCAAGUUUAUCUGGCUUUCAAGUUCCCCAAACUGAAGAAAACUGGGCAGUUGCCCCUCCCGGUCAUCCUUCUGGUGGAGCUUCAUUCCGAAAAAUUCAGAGGUUUUCCUCAAGACCUGAAGCAUUUGGCUAUCCUAUUGUUACUCCACCACUCUUCCUUCAACCAGACCUCCAGUCAGGUGAAAUUUCCUAUACAGAGAAGGUGUACGACCGUGGCACUUUCAACUCUCAGAGUGAAGAACAUGGCCCUCCGGUCUGGGAUCAUCCCAUUCAAGCUCAGACCAGAUUACCUGUUAGUAGCCUUAUCACAGUAAACCCAUCUGUAGGUGGCUUCUGGUCUGGCUAUCCUUAUGACUACAUGAUGGUGCCAAUCCCGGUACAUCGGAAUUGGAAGCGUUCCCACCAAAUGAAAAUGUGACAACGAGUGUACCUGGAAUGCUGGUUAUUGUCUGGCCGGCAAAGGUAACUGGACAACAUUGGUGCAAAGUCAAAGGUGGGCAGUGAAAAGCUUCAGGUGGCAGUAGCUACGUCAGUGAUGCGUGCAUUUAACUUCUGUUCUUUCUGAUGGACUAAUUGCUGCAAUACUUUGUUUUGACUUUAGUAAAUGUUUUUUUUGUUUUGUUUUUUAAAGGUGUGCAUCCCUCUUGUGUGGGUUUUGGGUGUAUGGCUGUUAUUGCAUGCAAAUUUAUUUAGCAAUUGUCUAGUUUGGCCUGGAAAUGUUGCAGCUUUUAUAAUCCUGCUAUUGGUACAUGCAUUUUCUUUUUAUUUCCUCAUAAAUGCCACUGUUAAAUACAGUAUCAAAUUUAAUUUGGAAAUGGAUAUUUUCCUAAACUGAGAAUAAAAGAAUGUGAUUCUGCUGUCUUAAAGUGCAACUGGGCAGGAUUGUUUUUAUUAUUUUUUUUGCACAUUUGGGUGAACUAUCCACUUUUUCCAGUGCCAGUGCUGCAUAACAUCAGUGGCCAACGGGAAUCUGAACUCGCAAACAAAUCAUCUACAAGCAGCCGCCGUGCUCUUUAGCAGGACGCAGCUGUUUAUCACCUUUAUGGUUCUUCUCAGUGGCACUGUAAUGGCUUCUGCAGCAAAGCCACAGCAGUCUGCUCGAGCAAAAGUGCGGAGGCUGAAGUGUAGCAUGUUUGCACUCGUCUCUUAUGGACACCAGGCAACACGAUCAGUGGAGCUGUGCAGAGAAUUGCAAAAACUUCAUGAUGAUCCUUCGAGAAAAACGUGACUCGGUGAGCUUUCAUUUCUAGCUUCGCCACAGUAACAACCUAAAUUCUUAAUUUUCAAUGGGUCUCUUUUUUUUCGUCUCUCUCCUUCCCCUCUCCCCUCUCAGGCCAAGGGACAAACAAUGACCCAGGAGAGAAAUGGCAAUUACUCCUAGUAAGAUGCCCACUUCACACACCUGUCACAACACAGAUGAACCCAUCAUAAAAUGCUGGCAGAGGGGGACAAAAGCAAUGGAAUUAUCCCUUAGUGACCCUCCAGCUUUUAUAUAAACUCCCCUGUUUUUCAGCUCUACUAUUAAGACUUAAAGGAGUGGGUCCCCAGACAGCUCAAUACUUUAUCACCUGCUCGCAUGCUCAGAUGCCCUCAAGCUGCCUUAUUUUCUUACUUGUGGCCACUGGUGUCAAUCUUAUUAAAUCAGCAUUGUAAAUGCAUCUGUUUUAAUAUCUUGUAAAAGCCUUGUUGCCCCUGAUAUUUUGCUGUUUUUUUAUAUUUAUCUAUUUUGCUCCAUUUACUUACCGGGCAAAACAGUUGCAAAUUUACACCAUCAUUCCUCUGUCAGCUGAAGAAUUGGUGGACUCUUCUUUUUGGUAAAUAUUUAGUCAAGAUUGUAUUUCAGGUAUUCAGCAGU